AUGCCCAGCAACAAAAGCGCGCGCCGUGGCACUGUCGUACCAAGGAUUCAAAAGAAAAUGAAUUCCAUGUUUCAACAAGAUCAUUAUAUUACGGUAACUCCGUUGCCUUCUACUCAGAGCAGAUAUGGACUAAAAGCUCAUUGCCCAUUGCUUGAUGUUGAUCAGCACACUUCGAAUCUACUUUUUGAAAUUCAAAAAAGACGCUUGCCUAGCGAGUCAAUUGACAAAGAAAAAGCCGCCAAAGAAUGGGACAAUUUAUCCAUGGCUUUAUCGCAAGCGCGUAUUUUCCAAACGGUGAAAGUGGACGCGUUAGAAGCAUCUCCAUUACCAGAUAUUGUCUCACUUCCGGACAUUUCAAAACAUGCGAUUCGUCUUGCCAUUGUUCCCGACAUCACCGGAAUGACACCAAACUUUAUGAGAAUGAGCGCCCGUCAAGUGCAAACGUUGAGCCUUUUUCAAAUUUUGAGCUUCUCGAUGCUACUUCCAAAUUACGAGCUAUCGCAAGCCAACAUUUCAAAGAUGUUGCUCUGUAGAAAACUGCCAUUCGACAAUAAUUCGGAAGCAACAACAUGCUCAUCGAUUUUCAAGUUCAUCGAGUCAUUGCCAUCACACACACAAUACGCAGUCGUUCAGGAUUUUUUCAAAACCAUUUUGGCGGUGGCGUUUGCCAAAAAAUGGAUUCUGAGCAUUCAAAAUGAGACCGAGAAAGCCGUCAAAGGAAUGAGAUUCGAAUUUGACGGUUUCGAGAAAGUUUAUGAUGAGACCGUUUCCGCUUGCAAUUUUCUUCAAAUGAACUGUGAUUUGCUCAUGGAUAUUGAGAAACACGAUGAGUCAUUGAAGACCAUGUAUGACAUUCUCAACAACAGCACCAUUACAAUUCCUUUGCUGAAAAAAUAUUCGGGCUACAGACAGUAUCAAAACGUCUUUCGAAGAAUUCAAACUGUGACCGAGAAGAAGCAAAUGGCGGAGUUGCUGAAAUUGAAAGAGGAGAUGCAAGCAUACUUCUCGAACUGCGCGAAAGUUGGCCGACAAUGA